AUGUCGGACUCACAACAAUAUGGUAUUGAAACGGAUUCCAUGACAUUGCAAAGAUUCGUGCUUGCUGAGCAGAAGAAUCAUCCCGAGGCUAGUGGAGAUUUUACAAAUUUGCUGACAUCUCUUCUAACAGCAGUGAAAGCCAUCUCAAGCGCAACCCAAAAGGCAGGAUUGGCUCAAUUGUACGGAAUUGCCGGUGUCACCAAUAUACAAGGAGAGGAAGUAAAGAAGUUGGAUGUGCUAUCAAAUGAGCUCAUGAUUAAUAUGCUUAAAUCCAGCUAUACUACCUGCAUGCUCGUUUCUGAAGAGAAUGAUGAAAUUAUUGAGGUGGAGGAAAGCAGGCAAGGACACUACAUUGUAACAUUCGAUCCCUUAGAUGGAUCUUCAAAUAUCGAUUGCCUCGUUUCUAUUGGGACAAUUUUUGGUAUAUACAGGAAGAUAAGUGAAAACGGUCCAUCGCUGGCCGAUGUUUUGCGACCUGGAAAUGAAAUGGUGGCCGCUGGUUAUGCGCUCUACGGUUCGGCAACUAUCGUGGUAUUAACCACCGGCAACGGUGUCAAUGGCUUCACACUUGAUCCGUCGAUAGGAGAGUUCAUACUGACUCAUCCAAAUAUGAAAUGCAAGUCGAAAGGAAGCAUAUAUUCGUUGAAUGAAGGAUAUGCAAAAACGUGGAGCAAAGGUAUUGCAGAAUACAUCCGUACUCGAAAAGAUCCAGCGCCGGGCAAGAAGGCUAUGGGACAGCGCUAUGUGGGCUCAAUGGUUGCUGAUGUACACCGGACGCUUUUAAACGGCGGUAUUUUCUUGUAUCCAGCAACGGCAAGUUCACCAAAUGGAAAGCUUCGUCUUCUCUAUGAAUGUAAUCCAAUGGCGAUGAUACUCGAACAGGCUGGAGGCUUAGCCACCACGGGGAAGAUGCGCAUUUUGGACGUUGUUCCCAAAACGAUUCACGACCGCUCGCCUAUCAUUCUUGGCUCCAAGGAAGACGUUGAAGAAGCAAUGGAGUACAUUCGGAAAUUUGACAGUUAG